UAUGACGCAAACCGGUGAAAGGGCUGCGUUGUACUUGCGCAGAUGAUUUGCAUAAAUCCUUCAGAUGAGCGCGUAUUUAAGCGGCUCCGCUGCGGCUUUUCCGCACUGCGGCUCCCAGAUGAAGACGGACAUCAGCGCUGCACAGCAAAGUGCGCAGUUUAGCGGCAGGAAGCUGAGUCUGAUCGAGGAUGCGCGCAGGGAGCGCAGCGCCGGCGGCUCCGGCUCUUCUCCGGACUCCUCCGGAUUCGGAGAAAGUUCGGUGUCCGAGGAGAAGGAGUCCGGACCGGUGACCGUCAACGUUCUGUUCGGACUGAGCAACGACCAGAACCAGGGCUUCUUCAAAACCGGAAAAAUAUUUGAGAUGUUUGACGCUAAACUUCUGCACAUUGAAAGUCGUCCAAACCGAAAGUCAAAGAACAGCAGCAUGGAUCUGGAGUUCUUCAUGAGAUGUCAAGUUCCCGCCACCGACGUUUGCGUCUUCAUCAACUCACUGAAGAAAGAGGCGGACGACGUUCGCUGCAUCCCGGAGGAAAAAGUUCCGUGGUUUCCCCGGCAGAUAAAAGACCUGGACAGAUGUAACCUGCUAAUAACCAAGUUUGACCCAGACAUGGACCAGGACCAUCCAGGAUUCAGCGAUCCAGAAUACAGGAAAAGACGAGCUUCCAUCUCUGAGCUGGCCUUCACGUACAAACAAGGAGAGCUGCUGCCCGCCGUUGAGUACACAGCCGAGGAAACCGCCACGUGGAGAGAGGUUUACCGGAACCUGCGGCGCAUUUACCCCAGUUUGGCCUGUCGGCAGUUUCUGGACGGCCUGCAGCAGCUGGAGGAGGAGUGCGGCUACAGCGAGGAUGCCAUCCCUCAGCUCAGAGUCGUGUCUGCUUUCCUGAAAGAGAAAACGGGUUUCCAGCUGCGGCCCGUCGCCGGCCUGCUGUCAGCCAGAGACUUCCUGUCCAGUUUAGCCUUCAGGGUGUUCCAGUGCACGCAGUACAUCCGGCACGCCUCGGCCCCCAUGCACUCGCCUGAACCAGACUGCUGUCACGAGCUGCUGGGUCACGUCCCCAUGCUGGCAGACAAAGAGUUCGCACAGUUUUCUCAGGAGAUUGGACUCGCCUCGCUCGGCGCCUCAGACCAAGACAUCGAGAAACUCUCAACGCUGUACUGGUUUACUGUGGAGUUUGGACUCUGUAAGCAGGACGGGGCUGUCAGAGCUUAUGGUGCUGGACUUCUGUCCUCCUACAGCGAGCUCAUUUACGCCCUGUCCAAUGAGCCUGAGUACAAGCCCUUUAACCCGGAGGAGGCAGCAGUUCAGCCCUACCAGGACCAGAACUUCCAGCCAGUUUACUUUGUGUCUGACAGCUUCGAGGAUGCCAAGAUGAAGCUGAGAAACUACUCUGCAACCAUCCAGCGCCCCUUUGCCGUGCGCUACGACCCCUUCACCUGCAGCAUGGAGGUUCUAGAUCAGCCCAGGAAGAUCCAGAAUGCUCUGAGCCAGAUGAGAGAGGACCUGAAGAUCCUGCACAGUGCUUUGGAGAAGUUGACUUCAUCCUGA